UAUAUAGCAAAAUAACAUAUGCUUUCUUAAAUAAAUAACAAAAAAACAACUUCAUGCAUCCUCAACUUUUGCCAAAUUAGAGUUAAUUCAGUAUAAGAGUUCUCACUUUUGAAAUCUUGUCAGAUUAAUUACUCUAGCAAGAUUGAAGAAUGUCUACGGAAGAUGAUAAUAACAAACCUUACCAAGUACCCAAAGAAAAUUAUUCAGUUAACAGUCAUCGAAGACUAUUUAACAAGUAUGCUUGUGCUUGUGUGAUGACUGCCUCGAUUAUAUCUGCCAUAUUUGGUUACGUUAUGGGAGUGAUGGCUGGAGCACUGAUAUUCAUAAAGGAAGAUCUUCAAAUCAGUGACCUACAAGUGCAGCUCCUAGCAGGCAUCUUAGACGUGUUCGCAGUAUCAGGAGCCAUGGCUGCAGGAAGAACAUCUGAUUAUAUAGGUCGCCGCUACACCGUCAUUCUAGCCUCACUCAUCUUCUUGUUGGGCUCCAUUCUAAUGGGCUAUGGCCCAUCCUACUCAAUCUUAAUCAUUGGAAGAUGCAUUGUUGGAAUUGGUGUGGGUUUUGCAUUGAUCAUAGUACCAGUUUACAGCACAGAGAUUUCAUCUCCUUCCAAGAGAGGCUUUCUCACCUCUCUCCCAGACCUUUGCAUCAACUUGGGGUUCUUGCUUGGCUAUGUCUCAAACUACUUGUUUGAAAAAUUGCCCCUGAAACUUGGAUGGAGAAUAAUGGUUGCUCUUCCAGCAAUUCCUUCCCUCAUUCUAGUCAUUCUCAUGUUGAAUUCGGUAGAGUCUCCAAGGUGGUUAGUGAUGCAAGGACGUAUAGCUGAGGCCAGGAAAGUGCUUUUAUUAGUCUCUAAUACAAACGAAGAAGCUAAACAACGCUUGAAUGAAAUAGAAGUUUCUGUUGGCAUUGUUGAAAACUGCACCCUAGACAUUGUUCAGGUUCCAAGGGAAACUCGCAGUGGUGCAGGAGCUCUUAAGGAACUGUUUUGUAAACCUUCCCCACCUGUGCGUAGGAUACUAAUUGCCGCCAUUGGGGUUCAUGUGUUCCAGCAGAGUAGUGGAAUCGAGGGUAUUUUGGUAUAUAGCCCAAGGGUGUUUGAGAGAACAGGAAUCAGUGACAAGAGCAAGCUCAUGCUAGUCACUGUUGGCAUGGGAAUCAGCAAAACUGUGUCAACAUUAGUUGCAACAUUUUUGUUGGACAGAGUUGGGAGGAGGAUUCUCUUUCUGGUUAGUUCAGGAGGAAUGGUUGUGGCACUGUUAGGGUUAGGUGUUUGCAUGACCACAGUGGAAAGUUCCACUGAGAAAUUAUUGUGGACAACAAGCAUUGCCAUAAUUGCUACCUACGUUUAUGUGGCUUUUAUGGCUAUUGGAAUUGGGCCUGUGACAUGGGUUUAUAGCACUGAGAUAUUUCCUUUGAGAUUGAGGGCACAAGGAAUUGGCAUAUGCGUGGCUGUGAACAGAACUACGAAUUUGGCAGUGGUCACAAGUUUCAUUUCGAUCUAUAAAAAGAUAACAAUGGGUGGGAUUUUCUUUCUGUUUACAGCUAUUAAUGCUUUGGCUUGGUGUUUCUACUACUUUUUGCCUGAGACUAAAGGAAGAUCAUUAGAAGAUAUGGAGAGUAUCUUUGGGGAAAAUUCCAAAUCGAAGGUACAAAAUGACGAAGCCAGAGAGCAACACUAGUGAAUCUAGUCCAUAAUCGCAAUGUGAUGCAGUUGCUGAAAGAUAUAUUGAAGUUGCAUCGGUGGAAACCUGUAUCCUUGUUGAUUCCUCCAUAAAGCCAAGUUUUUCCUAACUUUGCUCUUAUUAUAAUAAUCCACACCAUGAUAAAUAAGAUUUCUUAAUCUUAAAA